AUGAAUUUAAAAUUGUCUUGGCUGACUGAAUUGGUGUUAUUACUUUGGCAUACCGAAAGCUUCAAAAUAGAGUAUAAUGGAGGUGAGUAAAAUAGGAAAAAUUGGAGAUCAACUCUAAACGGCUGAGAGAGCAAGUGCUAUAAAUGCGACACUCAAAUUUUCUUUUAAAUUGGCACACACGCCGGACAUUGGUCGCAUAUCAAUUUCUGAGAGUUUUAGCUCGUACUUUGUAGCGCAGCCGGGAUAUUCAACAAUCUUAGAGAGUACGAAAAACGGAGAGAGCGGUACCAGCCCGUAUAUUAGUAAUCUUACCGGCCAAUAAGGCCACCGGCUCGCAAUAAAGUGACGGACCUGUUCCAGUGGCAAAAAACAUACCACUUUGCAUCCGGGAAGUAUCAAAAAUGUAGCAAAAUACCUCCCUCUUCAAGUGAAAAAACUCCGAUUCAAAAGAGCGCCCGCUCUUUUUGAGCGGAAAAGGGCGCGUUCUCUUCUUCAAAACAGAGUUUUUUUUAGUUGGAGAGUGAGGCAUUUAGCUACAUUUUAUGAUACUUCCCGGUUGCGAAAUGGUACGUUUUUUACCACUGCAUCAGGCCACUGUAGAACCACCAUAAUUCACAAACUUUUAUUACAGAUGGCCCUCUAACAGUGCCCGUAAACAUCGACGAAAAGCAUCACUUUCACCUACUAAUUGAUCUCUAUCGGCCGUAUUCUUUCGUCUUUUCCAAAAAAUGCGCUGGCAAUGGGACCUGCUCACAUAGUAGCCAUGAAAAUUAUAUUGAUCUCAAGUAAGAAUAUCGAAAAAAUAAUAAAUUUUUCCUAUCGUAUUCUACAGAGAAUACAGGAAAAAAGGGAAAAUAAUUCCGGCCGUUGGAUUCCACGAUACUCACGGAAUUGGCCAUGAUUUUUAUGGCUCAUUAAUCAAUAUUACCGCCCAUUCCGGCGAGCUUGUCGACAAUCUUCAUCUCGGUGUUGUUGAGGAGGGAAAUAGCUCGUUGGACUUUGAAUACGACGGAGUUUUGGGCCUGGGAUUGACGAAUGUGAAGAAGGUUUCGUUGGCGUUCAAUACGAUGGAGAGAAUGGAAGAGAACGUUGUAGUAUUCAGGCAGUUGAGCUAUAAGGGACUGAAGGUACGGUGAGAAACUUUGUGUUCUUUAUUUUCCCGACUGAGUUAGAAAUGUUGCACUGUAAGGCGGGGUUAAAGUUGACUUCUUAGACCUGUAUUUCAGAAUGCAAACGGCGAACCGGCAAAGCUGAGCAGAGGAGAGAUUCACUUCGGAGAGCGGAAAGUUCAGAAUUGUUCAAGUCGCGUCGCAUACUCUCCAACAGUCAGCCGGAGAAAGUGGAGCAUCAUUGCAGAGUAAGUUGGAAAAAAUACUUUUUAUCUUCCCGUCAUUGGGAAGAUGAAUGGAGGAUACGUUUUGCAAACCCACAUUAUUUCCCUGACAGUCUGAGACUAGCCCGUUCGUAAAGUCGCUAGGGUGAUUGUUGGCGCUUUACAUCGCGCAAAAAAGGCAGGGUGCGAGCGACAGCCCAAAAAAAGCUUAUGGCACGGUGCAAAGAGCAAGAAAAUGCAAGUGCAAAGCAAACUUUUGUUUCCGCACGGUGCAUGUCACCAAAAUCACAAUAGCGGCUUUGCGAACGGACUAGUACUCUCUACAGUAGAAAUUGGUAUGAAACUUUUCAUGCCAAAAAUUGCAAAGUGUUGAUUUUUUGCCAAAUUUUGAGCCAGAAAAUGUGGGUCGCUUCUACUUGAACCAAAACGGAGCUAACCGCAUGCCGAGCAAGAAGACAAGGAAGACACACCGCAAGUUCGAAUCCGCAAGUUCGAAUGCCUAAAAUUCGAAUGACUAAAGUUCGAACGACCUCCAGUAACUUGACCGGCCAAUCGGGACAUUUUGAGUAGACAGUUGGCCAGAAUUAAAAAUGUUGCGGGAUAAAUUGACGACUUCAUCAGUCGUCAAUUUGUCCCGUAACAAAACCAACCAAAGCGUUGGAACUGGCUUAGAGCCUCUUCUCUUUCCUGAUAGUAAUAACUGUUUACCUUAUUGAAAUCUCACAACAAACCUUUUAAUUUCAGUAUCAAGUUCAACAACAAAUGCCACCUCAACCAGCGCAUCUCAUUCCUCCCUUCACACACCACCAAGAUAUCUGCACAACACUUUGCAAACUACUUUUCUGCAACACAUUUUAAUUCCACAAAUUUCCUGCCUAAUAUUACCUUGAUGUUGCAAGAACGAGAGUUUACAAUUACUCCAGCCGAUUAUACGCAGUACUUUGAAGGCCAACUAGACCCUUAUAAGGUCAGCAUUGGGAUGGUUGACAACGAGGACCACGAUUUCGCCGUUGGCGUUGAGUUUUUGAGAAAGUAUUGUCUGUUUUUGGAGAUUGAUGAUUGCAUGAUCGAUGCCAGGAUUGGAUUGAGUGAAAACAAUGGAGUUGGGAGAUUUUUUGAGCAUUUAUGGGUACUAACUUUGGUGAAGAUGAUACUACUUUUUUUGGUACUUUUCUGA